AUGGACUCAUAUGUCGAAUCGGUUUUUGAAGGGACAGCUCAUGUCAAAGGCAAGGCUUGUGGCACACUUAUUGCGAGUGGAUUAGAGCUAAGCUUCUGGGGCGGAGUCAACCCUCAGACCGGAGAGGUUAUUGACCGCCAUCAUGAUUUGAGCGGUCACCAUCUCCAGGAUACUGUCCUUGCCAUUCCGAGUGGCCGGGGUUCAUGCUCUGGAAGUGGAGUUAUCCUGGAACUACUCCUCAACAACAAAGGACCAAGGGCAAUUUUGUUCGAAAGACAAGAUGACAUUCUCACUCUCGGAGUGAUGGUUGCGGAGGAAAUCUUCGGGAAAACCAUACCAGUGGUCACAAUGAAGCCGAACGAUUUCCGGGCGAUUUUGGGGAUGAAAGGGAAGACCAUCUACAUUGACUCUGACCGCGUUUCUGAUGAAGCCCUUCAUGACACACACGGAGAUCUCGCACAAGAGCCAACCAGAAACUACUUCACUGGUGGUCUGCAGCUGUCAGACUUCGAUAAAGACUUGCUUCAAGGACUGCACGGGGAGGCCUCUCGUACUGCAAUUCAGAUCGUUUUGCGAAUGGCAAGCCUAUUAGGAGCCACUGAAUUAAUGAAUGUGACCCAGGUCCAUGUGGAUGGCUGUCUUUAUACGGGUCCUGGGUCUCUUCUGUUUGCAGAGAAGCUCCGGGACUUGGGGGGAAGGGUCCGAGUUCCAACAACGCUGAAUUCCAUCUCUAUCGACCAGAGUCGUUGGCGCGAUCAAGGCGUGGACAAUUCAUUCGGUGAAGCGGCCACAAAAUUAGCGAAAGCCUACACUGACAUGGGCUCUACGCCAACCUUUACCUGUGCGCCGUACCAGCUUAAAACAGCACCCAGACAAGGAGAGCAAGUGGCUUGGGCAGAAUCAAAUGCGGUUGUCUACGCUAAUAGCGUACUUGGAGCUAGAACCAUGAAAUAUCCAGAUUUCCUGGAUAUAUGCGUCGCUCUCACUGGGCGCGCUCCUAGGGGAGGACCGCAUGUUGACAUAAACAGACUGGCGUCACUUAUUGUGAGAGUUGAUGUUCAAGACGUGGAUGCUAUUGACGAUUCCUUUUUCCCCAUACUGGGCUACAAGAUUGGUAGCCUUGCUGCGAAUCGGAUCCCCGUUAUUGUUGGACUACAAGCACUGGCACCGUCGAAAGACGAUUUGAAAGCCUUUGGCGCUGCGUUUGCAACAGUUUGCAGUGCGCCCAUGUUCCAUAUUCUGGGCGUCACCCCCGAGGCAACUUCACUCAGUGCUGUCGUGGACAAAGUGCAUCAGAUACCAUCUGUCGAUAUCGAAAUGAGACAUCUGGUUGAGCACUGGCAAAGGCUCAAUAGUGCAUCUGAGCAACAGGCCGUCGAUCUGGUCUCCCUCGGCAACCCACACUUUUCAUUCAAAGAAAUGGAAAAACUGGCUCACCUCUGCCAGGGCCGAGCCAAGGCACAAGAGGUUUCAGUCAUAGUGACAUGUGGGCGGUCUUCUUAUGGGUUAGCCUCCCAAGCAGGAUUGGUAGAACUACUGGAGAAUUUUGGCGUCCAAUUUAUUACCGAUACUUGCUGGUGCAUGAUCACGGAGCCAACUAUUCGGACAACUACGAAUGCUAUCAUGACAAAUUCUGGGAAGUAUGCUCAUUACGGGCCUGGUCUGACGGGACGGAAGUUCUUUUUGGGGAGCCUCAUGCAAUGCGUCGAGGCGGCAUGUCGAGGUAGCUAUAUCAAGAAGAUGCCUAAGUGGUUGAUGAUUUGA